AUGGCUCUAAACCAUGCACAUGUAAAUAUUGUACAUCAUGUAGCCAAUUGGUGUGAGGUAUGUGGUAGUGGAGCUCAUGAAACCGAUCAAUGUGAGGCAAACCCAGAUUCCGUAAACUAUGUGGGUAAUGCGCAAAGGGGUGGAGAGGAACUAGCUCCAAAGAAGAGAGACACUAAAGCAUAUACCACAGAAAAGAAAGUGGAAGAGGUAGUAAAAAGCUCCAAUGUUGAGGUACCCGUUCCUCAAAAGAAAUUACCACCUCUGUUUCCACAAAGGCUCAAAAAGCAGAAUGAGGAUGAAUGCUUUGGUAAGUUUCUCUCUCUCCUUAAACAGGUUCAAAUUAAUCUGCCUUUGGUUGACAUUUUACAGGGUAUCCCGAAGUAUGCUAAUUACGUGAAGGAUAUAGUGGCUAGCAAGAGGAGGCUCACGGAGUAUGAAACUGUCGCACUUACUGAGGAGUGCAGAUCUAGAAUCAAAAAUAGACUACCCAAAAAUUUAAAAGAUCCGAGUAGUUUUACUGUGCAGAUUAAAAUAGGGAAAAGUGUUCAUCCCCGGGGGUUGUGUUAUUUAGGGGAAAGUAUAAAUCUGAUGCCCUUGUCAUUGUAUCAAAAGCUUGGGUUGGAUAGUCUAAAACGAACCAUUGUUAUUCUCCAACUCGUUGAUAGAUCCAUUGCUAUGCCAGAAGGGGUGGUAGAAGAUGUGUUAGUUCAAGUAGGUUCCUUGAUUUUUCCUGUGGAUUUUGUGGUCUUAGAUUUUGAACCCGAUUUUGAAGUUCCAUUCAUUUUAGGACGUCCGUUCUUGGCCACGAGUAGGGCAUUGAUUGAUGUAGCAAUUGGUCAAUUAACUAUGAAGGCACAUGAUAAGGUUGAGGUAUUCGAUGUUUACCGCGCUUUAAAAUUGCCUUCUAUCUAUGAAGAGUUGUCUUCUAUUACUGUGGUUGAUCAUAUAGAAAAAUCACAAGUAGUUGUGCCCGAAGAUCCCUUAGAGAGAGUAUUAGUAGGUCAUGAGGUGGAUAGAGAUACUAAGGCUCAAGAGAUAGAAACAUGUUUGAAUCUAGAAAUGGUUGACACUCGUAAGCUUCGAGCGGAGUCAUUAGAUCGUGAGUUAGGGCCCCCACCAAAGCCAUCAAUAGAAGAAACUCCCAAGAUGGAACUAAAAAUUCUGCCGGCUCACCUAAGGUUGAUGCGGCAUUGA